GCGGCGAUGCUUAGGCCCCCUUGGGCUCUACUGCUUAGGGCUGCUUGUUCAUUGCCAGCCUAGCGGCUGCUGUCUCGGUGGCUGAUGGACUGUAUUCGUGCUGCUGAUGCUGCUGCUGUCGCCGCAGCCGCCAGCAUCACCAGCUGUCGUCGUCUUCGCAUCCACCACAAUCGACACGAUCACUGCCGACGACAGCCAUCGCAACUGCGGCACCAUUAGCAGCAUCGCUGUGGUCGCGGCCAGUCGCACAACACUGCGCAGCGGAACACCAGAGCCACGACAGGACCGCAUCACCUCUAGCUGCUGCGGCCACUCCGAAGAUGAGAAGGACCACUUAAGACUACUUUUACCUCGAGUUGUCUCAGUAUCUGCAGUGGCAGCGCUCGGUCCUGUUCCCACUGCUGCCGUUGGCGCAAGUGAAUGCGACAGUUACGUCUAUCUCCUAUUAGGACUAGCGUUCCUAGCACUGCAACACUAUCGAGCGCCGUUGACAACAACGAAUCCCAUCCGUCGUGGCGUCGGAUGGAAUGCCGCCCAACGUCGCAUGACUGCAAGUAGGUGCAGGACAACGUUAGCCAACACUGUAGCCGUAUUUCCUACCGGAAAGAUCAAGGGAGACUAUAGGCACGCGGCCGUGAGGAACGGCAACAACAACAACAACAACAAGCACAUCGAAAGAGAACAGCCUCGAACGGCGAUGCCAUUGCGAGCUGAGUAGAGACUUAGGAUCACUCCAAGUAGUGGAAAUUGCACUAGGAAUAGCCAACAGUCAACUACUGGAACGGCAACGCUGCUCGCCGUUCACCGUCUCAGCCGUUCUUUCUUUCUUUCUUUGUCUUAAUAUCACUAAAGGCAGAGAAGGAAAGACCAGCGAUGAACAGCCAACGUUGGCCAGUAAUCGCGACUAGAGUAACGAAUCGGCGCCGCGGCAGCGACGCGAACGAUAGCUGCUAUUGACUGGCAUCAGUGUAUUAAAACGAUGGUGGCCAGCCCCGACGGUUAGCGUUGAGCAACGAACGGUUGCAGCAGCAACGACGACGCCGACGGUGUAGCGAGUGCCAGCAGGAAGGCAAACGGAGCUGGAAUAAAGCGGAACGACAAUUGCCUCGGUAAGACGGCGGAAUCGAUCCGUCUGUUCUACUCAGCCGAACGAUCGUUCCCACUACAGCAACGAGCGUCUAUUCUAGUCAGAGGAGAAAGCGGGAAAAAUGGAGCUAAGCUCCAAGUUCAAGCGUCAGAGUUGAGUUUAUUGCACUUUUGUAGAUUUACUGCUACAUCAAACGAAAGAACAAUGCCGCUAUAGACAGUAGCAAUAAAAAACAGUUGCUACCGGCACGAGUAGGAUUCGAACGCGCGUAGUGAACCGUGCUGUCCGAGAAACGGACGCCAGAGAGCGACUGCCUUCCACAGAGAUUAUGCAAGCUAGGAAAAAAAACGAUAGUGAAGAUAGAGACGAGUGAUAGUACAUUGUCAGCAGUCGCAACAGAAACGUAGCCAGUAAUAAUAAUAGUAGUAAUUGAAGUAACUGCACCAACGAGGUCACAACGAUCCAGACGAAGCAGUAGAUAGCAUCAGCAAUAAACAAGGCUUCCUCAACGUUUACAACAAUCAUUUCCGCCACCGCAAAAACGACGGCCAACGCACUACAUUAAUAAUGCAGUAGUGAUAAUAUUUUGUGUGUUUCUAAAAAUAGUUGGUUGAAAGCUAUUGGCGACUGCCAAUGUAGUGGAUAUAUAAGCCAGUUUGCAUCCUAACGCACCUCCAUAAGCUGAACACUACCCACAAAUUUAUAUGAUUGCCUCCCGAUCGCCAUCUGCCACCAUCAUCAUCAUCGUCGUGGUCACAGCAAUCCUCGCGGCUGCAGCUACGACUACAUCUGGUGACGACGUCUGGAGGUAAAAACAGGUCAAACAACGUCUGACGCGCCGCUUUGCCGUGUGUUGGCGCUGCUAUUUUGAACCAGUUAAGAAGAGCUUUUUGACUUGCUCUCGUCGCUCGCUCAGCGCAGUAUCAUCUGUCUGUUGAUUCGUUCGUCCGUCCGUCCCUCGCGAUAGAGCUGUCGCUAUUGCCGCUGCAGCAAAACAGACGACGACGGGGGUGGAAGAGAUCGAUGAAUGCUAGACGCUUGCAGGCGACUUGUGGACAACAAAUGUACGGAGACACGGGUGUACUCACACAUCGGAUGCAGUAGAUAGACAACAGACCCUCCAGGCCGUUGGUGAGGAGCAGCAAAUAGCCAAAGAAUGCUGCUGGUUGAUACUCUUCAUAUUCGUUCAUUGCUGCUGCUGCUGCUGCUGCUGCUGCGUUUUGUCAGCAGAAAGCAAGACAGUGUAGCCCGAGAAUAGCAAACUCAACGGGGCGGCCAACGGUGCGUGGCACACACAUACGCACGACGACGACGACGAACGCACACGGCCGCCUACAGCUAACUGCACUCUCACAACGAUUCGUUGACGACGUUGAGCGAGCGAGCGAACGAACGAACGACUGACUGGCGGGCAGGCAGAUAGGCCACCUAAGAGUGGCCGAGCUGCCACUGCCGCCAGCACCGUCGCCGUCCGCUAGAGGGUGAGUGACUUGUUGGAUGGUCGCUGACACGAAGCGUCUCAGCAUGGACUAAUUAGCGAAGUUGUUCAUACAUCUCAUUCGCAACUGGCUAUUACCACGACUGAGUGUAACGAGCUCUAUACGAACAGUGCCAUCACCGCUGCCCGCUAUUGACCAUUGCUCAGAGGAUCGCCAUACACGACGCGUCUGCGACCAUGAUCAGGAGAGACGUUGCGCGGAUGUUUCGAAACUAAUGGCAGAGUAACUAGCUUCCCCCCAAAGCUUCCGUAGCCCCACUUUCGUUCUGUUCGCAUCAUCUUUCUCCGUUGAUGCGCCAUUACGAGUCGCUCGUCCCAUGGUAUCCAGCCGUCUCACCGAAGUCGCCUUCCUCCUUCCCGUUUUCUUCGUGCUGUUAGCAGCGACGGUACCGCCGUCCAUGCAACAUGACCGGUGUUGGGUCUUCAGGCAACGGUGCGAUCUAGCUACGGUCCUGCGUAAUCCUCCAACCUCACUGUGCACUUACUUCACAUCGUACCUUGCUUGGCUUACUAUCAGGCUCAUAUCAUGAAACCAGUCCAAAUGCAUUCUAGAUCGUGGGGUUAGAGCACCCGUUGUCGUUGCCUGAAAUCCCAAAUUCGACCGAUUCGAAUUCAACUAAAGCUCGAGAAAAAGUAUCCCAACAGUGUGAAUGGUUGUGACCGUGUGGAUCCGGCCAGAGGAAACGAGUGCGCGAGUGAAUCCUAUGGCUAAGCGGUGUCACGCGUGUGCCGAAAGCAGCGCGUGAGUAACCGGCCAACAAUCGGUAGGUCCACCGCCGAACAGGCUGACGGACGGACAGACAGACGAACCAACAAACUGUGUAAGCAGAUGUCGCCGCAUUGGCCGUUAACAACAAACAAGGAAUCUCAAGCAAAAAAAGUGGCGAUUGCUUGAAAGCUUAGUCCCCCGGAUUACUGCGGUUGGAAGGUAUUGUUCUCCGUCGAUGCCUUUUUCCAAGUCACAAAAGACUGAGCCACUUUUUCAUUCUAUCAUUAUCGAUAUUAUUACACUUAAUAUAGAAGGUAAUGGGGCAUCUGAUUUCACUAAGCGACUAACAAAAGGUAUGGCAAAGAAAUACAUAUAUGAUAAGAAAAAGGGUCAGCAAACGCAAAGUGAUUUUUUUUAUGUUAUGAAUCCAGCGGUUGUUCUCGUCAGAGGCAGUCAUUGACAAGAUAAAUGGAUUUUCCUCACCUGUCAUCGAAUUGCCCCAUGGAAACACGAAGAAAAACGGCACAGGGCGAAACUGGUACAGUCGAGGAACAAAGUGUGUUCAUUUGAGUACACCGUGUGUGUGUGUAUGUGUGCGUGCGUGCGUGCGAGUAUAUAUGUGUUUUUGUGUGUGUAUGCACGUGUAAAAUGGAGAGAGGAGUCGGUACGCGGCGGUUACGGACCGCUCUUAAGUAUCGGUUAGCUUGAAUUGCUCACAAAAUGUAUGAACCCCCGUGAUCUUCGAAUUCGUUGAGAGUUUGUAACAGCUUAUUGGCAUAGCAUCUGAUUCAGUAAACGAUUGUUACGUUACUGAAGUUACACUGGAACUUAUACGAUAGGCGUAUCAUUUGACGGUUUUAAUGCAGUCGAGAUCAUCGAAUUAUUUCGAAAAGGUCUUUUGCGAAACUAAGUGACUGGCGGCGGUAUUCGAGACAAGCAUGUGAAUGAAUGAGUGUUACUGGAUGAAACAUUGUUGUUUUUAAAAGCUGGAUUUGAUCCACAUUUGCUGGUACACAUACGGGUCCAUCUUUUCUUUUGUUUACCAUCAUCGUCGUCGUCGUCGUCGUCGUCAUCACCAUUAUUUAUCAUCGUUUCUGAUUCUCUUGAACAGGAGUCGGCAGUGAACGGUAUUUUGUAACAUCGAUUUGUGCCCCCUGUGUAUGUGCAAGACUCGUUCUAUUCAACGCCAGUGGCGAUUGGAAAUUUCGAGCGACCCCAAAUCAUGCGAUCAGUCGGACCGCAUCAGCGAAUACUGAACUAUCUAUCUUCAGAUUUACGUCAAUCAGAUUGUUAGAUGUAGAUUGAUCUGAAUAUAGAGGUCAAGUGAGAGGAACUGCGAAGGGGAUCAGUAGCGACAGUCGUUCAAAUUUACAAACUUAUUCUAUCGCAACAAUCAUUCGGGAAACAAUUGUCAGACACAAUGAGAUUUACGGCAAACAUUAGAGCUGCUGAUGUAAGCCAAACAUUUGAAUACUAACAGUGUUAUUGUGAACUAACUUGAGCUUGGUCACCUUUGUCGAUUGAUUCGAAUCCACUACCUACGUGUCGGCAAACCUAUUGCUACGUUUACAACAAGUGGGACAUUUAUGUGUCUGUGUCAUCAGCGGAAACAAACGAAAAACACCGGGGUACUGCCUCCAUCUGGCCGCGUUUGCUACAUCCAACUGUGCCUGCAUAUACGUUCAUCAGGAUCGUGUCUGUACAUGCGCACGACCGUUGACGUGAUAGUUGAUCCGCUGUGACGAAUCAUCUUACCUUCCGAGAAUCAAAUCGUUAUCAAUACUACUAUAAAAGACACCGGCAUUGUCAUUAUCCUUCGAUCAACGAAGUUUCACCAGGCGGUCUAAUAGCAGCAGCAGCAGCAGCAGCAGCAAAGGAGCCGGAGGUACGGAGGUGGACUGCCUUGACUUUCUAAGCUCAUCGUUAGUAUCGGUCGUGCGUGUUUUUGCUUGCUCGAGUUCCAAUAGUCGGGGUUACUGCCUGCACCAUUGUUGUUGCUCAAAGACUGCCGCCGUCUGCGUAGACGUCCGAGAGCAGAGCGCACCUGCACGAGAGUUUGACGCAUACAACGACAACGACGACUUGCGGCCAGACGGUGGUCGCCUUGGCGCGACCCCCUUCGCUCAGCCGAAGUGGAUCUCUUGGGCUGUGCUGGAGGGCGACGGGGGGACAAUGCCAGUAGCAAGAAUAACGCCGCUGCCAGCCGCGGCGGCACUGGGAUCACCGCCGCCACUGCCACAGAGAAACGUCAUGCGCCUGAGCGUAAACAGCAAAAGCAAAAACAACAACGACGAAGUGCUGCUGCCGCAAGCUGCACCGCACAUCAAUACAACACCUCCUCAUCUGACGUCAUUGCUUUCGCUGGUACCGCAGUGGGUCCCGUGUCCCCGAGGUAUGCCACUGCUGUUGCGCCCUCCACGGCCAGUGUUUCUCCUGACAUCGCUUCAUACGAUGCUCCAACGCCAACACUGUCAACAUCGCCAACAGUCUACCCCGGCGGCCUAGUCCAAAAAAAAGGAGUUGCCAGCGGUUCUAAGGACGUGGAUAGACUCGUCACCGGUGGCGUUGACAGCGCGGCUUACGAUAACAUGAAAGACGACAGAGCACCUGUGCGAAAGCGGCCAUUUGAGAAGUCAGAAGAGGAGCUGCUCGAAGAAACGGCCAAAAGCAACAAACGAAUUACGUCACCGUUUCUCACGCUAUUUCGCAAAAAGUCAGCGCGACCAGUUUUGCAGCCCUGGGCUCACCUUAUGUCCAUCCUAGACAACUCGUACGACGGAAUCGCUAAGUGUCUAUUGAAUACAGUGGACCGAUGGGCGUUCAAUACGUUCACACUAGACACUGCGACAUGCGGACACUCACUGCCGUUCCUAAUGGUGCAUCUGUUGGGCCCCUCAGGAUACGAUCUGCUGCGCACCUUCCGCAUUGAGCCUUUGGCCUUGUUUCGCUUUCUGGGGCUCGUUGAAGCGGGCUACCACGUCAGCAACCCGUACCACAACGCCGUGCACGCGGCCGACGUAACGCAAGCCAUGCACUGCUUCCUCCGCGAGGGGGCUAUCUUGCAACAUCUAACACCUAUUGAGAUCCUAUCCGCCCUUCUGGCGGCAGUCACCCAUGACCUGGACCACCCUGGAGUAAAUCAACAGUUUCUCAUCGAAACCAAGAACCACCUAGCUGCGUUGUACAAUAAAAGUAGUGUUUUAGAAAACCACCACUGGCGGUGUGCCAUCGCCUGCCUCCAGGAGUCGGGCUGUCUUAGCCAGCUCGACGACGACAGCUGGAAGAAGGUUCAGACGGCCAUCAAGAGCCUCAUCUUAGCCACCGACAUCACUAGGCAGCAGGAGUUCAUACUAAGGUUUCAGCGCUACAUGGAGAGUGAGUCAUUGGACAUGACGGAUUAUGAGAUUCGGCACUUUAUUCUCCAAAUUGCGCUCAAAUGUGCAGAUCUGUGCAACCCCUGCCGUCCUUGGGAUACAAGCUUGCAGUGGAGUAUUCAAGUGUGCAAGGAGUUUUAUCGGCAAGGCGACUACGAGCGUCGUCUACGGAUUCCUGUCACCCCGAUUUGCGAUCGCCAUAAGACGAUUAUUCCGAAAAUUCAGGUGGACUUUUUCAAGUUUGUCGCUUAUCCGCUCUUCGUCCUCUGGCAUGAGUUCCUCAAAACGGAUCUCUCCCAGGAGCUGUUGCUCCAUCUGAAGCUCAACUACACGCAGUGGGAGAAACGCAUCCAGAGGGCGACUCAAAAAGGCUCUCUUGAAACUGACAUCAACGCGCCGCUUGCGUCAUCGGAGGAAGACCUUUCGGUCCUAGGGGAGGAAGAUGCAGACCACGAUCAAGAUGACGAUUCGCUCUGCUCCCUCAAUAAGACGUCCAUCGACGUCUCCCUUCUCGAGGCGACUUCGUUUUCCGCCGGUACGUGGGGUCGUCGACAUUCGAUGCCCCUACAGCUGUCAAAGUACCUGCCCAAGCCUCUGAUCCUCCGACGUCGAAGGCAGAGUCUGCCCAACAGGCAUCCUUCACAUCGCUGGUCUGUUGUAACCAGUCCGCAGGGCCGAAGGGGCUCUGACUCUGCCCUCGGCCAGGCAGGUUAUUCCGGAUACUCCUGCUCCUCGGCGUCGGCAUCUGGCUCUCGCUUCCUACCAGACCAACGUUAUCCCGGACAGCCCAGGACAUUAAGUGAUCAGUUGGCUGCUUUAGGUUGUCAUGGGCCGGAUGCAUUGUCCGAUGUCCGCGGCGACGAACGAGAGAGCCAAGAUGACGACAAGCUGCGAUCAAUGCAUCGCCACCACUUAGCUGACCCUACAAGGCGGCGAUCCGAAAGCUUCCUGGAUGAUGAGGACGAGCUCAGCAAGGUUCUCCGCAGAAGUGAAGAGGCACCUAAUCUUUUCCUCGAUGUCCCAGAUGGCGGAGAACGGGAACGCGGUGAACGUGGAGAGCGGGGCCAUUCAUACAGUAGUGAUGCCAGCUCGUGCUGCAGUGAUGGGGUACAUUGUGGUACACCUCCACUAAAUGAGGAGGAUUCCAGCGAUCGACUCUGUUCUGAUGGACUGCAUUGCGAAGAGGACUUAGCACCGACAGCAUGGUCACAUCGUUUAUCAGAAGUCGUUGAAGAGCCGGCAUCGCCUCCACCUCAACGAAUGUUAAAUCGUCGUUCAUCGGCGCCCAUUGUGUUGGCAUUGGUAUCCAGCUCGUCGAGUUCGUCCAACUCGAACGCAUCGUCACGUCGACAAAGUGGCGAUGUCCGACGCGGUUCCUUACCGGUCGACGUGCAUUUGAUGGCAGGUUGUGCUGCCCAGCUGCUCAAUAAACAGGUGGCACAAGUGGCCAUUCCGGAAGUGCCACUAGGCACUACUCCGGGUGCACGCAGAGGCUCUUGCCCAGUGAAUCUGUCAGCCAAGUAUGCUGAGUGAAGAAAACUGGUCUGGUUCGGCAACCCAAGUCAGGGCCCAAAGUCUAUCGGUAAAACACUUCGUUAAGCUGGACCAGUCACGACUGUUCUAUUGGUUGUUUGUUGUUCUGGUUACAUACUACUAACAACAUUUAUCGUCGCUGCCACGAGAACGACCACCCCCAUUAACGCUCACGUCACUCGACGUGUGCCACUAGCCAAGAGGCGGAGGCGCGCCCACGAUAAUAAAGGCGCUGCAGCAGUCAGGCAGGCUGCGACCUUUCCUCCUUAAGAUCUGCCACGCCACGUUAUUCAUACGUUGCUCCGACUAACUACACAUGCGACACCGCAUUUCCCUUCUGCGUCACCAGUUCGGGAUACGACAAACUCCUCAAGACGAGAAUGUAGUUACAGUAGACACUGGCCGCCGACAUUUCUUCAGGAAACAGCUUCUAGUAAUACGUAUCGGUACAUACAUACAUACAUACAUACAUUUUGCAUAGGACGAAAAAGCGAAAAAAAAACGACCGACUCCAGACGAUACUGAAUAAGCAGAUAGAUACAACAACAGCAGAGUAUAAUACUAAUAGAAAUCAUACUAACUAGUCCAGCAACAAAACUGAGACGGCGAUAACAAUUAUGCAGAUUGAGAACUCCAGCCUUAGCCUUCCCUUCAAUUAAGGCACGCCUGAUUAUUAUGGUUAUAAUUAUGGCGAACGUCAAUGAGAAAAAGCCAGUUUUAUACUGAGUUUUAAGUGGUCGGCCAAUGAUCCGAAGCAGCACGAAACCGUCUACAACGUAAUAUAAAAACGUAACACACGAAGGGCAGUACAUGACACGCAAAACAACGGCUAGGACAGCACGAAUUAACGUGACUGGUCAAUAAGUGUCAAGCGUUGCCAUGAAACGCGUAUCGUCGAACGCGGAAAGACAGAAAAACCUACAGAAGGAGAGUGGAGCAAAAAGGAAUCAAAUAAAAGAAGUAUAUAUAAGAAACCCUUGAAAUCCCGGCCACUUACUCUGGAGCAAACACUUCUAGAUAUAUCUUUUAUUAUAUACUAGAUUUCACUACGUGCGUCCCAUGAGGCGCACACAAGAAAUGGAAGGUGGGAGUGAAGCGUGUGUAUUAUGUCGGUUUGUGGUGAUACAGAAGGUCGUCUGAGUAAACAUAAUUGAAGGAUAGAAUUCAAACAAUACUAACGCGAUAGUUUGAAGUGUAGGGCGACAAUCUUUUAUAUGAUUCCCUAUAGUACAUUAAAGCCUAAUACACAUAUAUUGACGAAUAUUGCACGAAAGACGAUAAGGAAGAAAGCGCGUCAAUUAUGUUAUCAUUAUGUUGAACGCACGAAAAGAAACCAUUCUGAAACGCUGAUUAUUAUAGAUGUGUUGAAAAAUGAUCAUAGUUCGAUGGACGAAAGAGUUGCAAAGGUGAAUGCGUCGAACGACUGCAUCUCUUGAAGUGGAUCCUUGAAGGGCUUAAGGCAUUAGCUUAAUAAUCGGAACGGUCAUACUGACUGCUCAAAGUCUGAACGUCCGCCAUAAGUGUGCUAUAAGCCAGAAACAUAGACAAGAUUCGUCAGAUAAGAAACCGUAUAUGGCGUUCAUCAAUGUAAUGCAUCAUUAACAAGUAACCAAAGAUAGUAACGCGGAACCAACUGUAUAAACGUCAAUUUGCGUACUAGUACACUCGUACUGUUUGUCACAAGUUCUACGACCCUAAUAUUAACAGUGGGCAAAAUACCGGCUUUGUUAGUAAAAAUAAAGAAAAGGCGAACGACCUGCGACCUAUGAAAGAUCGAAAGCAAUCGAUUGAGCGGCGCAGACUUACCUGUCUGCGUCUCUUUCGGACGUCGCAAACGUCGGAAUCUUAUAACUUCAGAGUAAGCUAGCUUCAAUAAAUGCGUCGUCGAUGUAACAACGAUGGAAAAUGGAACAAACGUAGUUCAAAAGUGAAACUUAAAAGUCGUAGUAGGGGGGAAACACUAGUACUGAGGCGGGGAACGGGGGGAGCGCAUAUCUUUGAUAGGCAUCUUCCCUCAGCAAGGACAGCACCUAUUGAUUGUGAUUGUAUGCGUGUGCGUAUACGUGAAAUAGCGUCUGUUUACUUGAGAUUUGUGAAUGAAUACGUUUCAUAAUGUCUGUAAUCAAUGGCAAUGAUAACACACUGCCACGCUACGUGUACUACUACGACUAUGACUAUGACUACCAACAAUCGAGUGGCAGCAGACGUGCACAACAAACUGCAUGAGAACCGUUCCGAAAUAUAUCUGUUGUAGUACGCGUACCAGCUAGCUACGAUACGAUGCAUAGCUCAGCGAGCGGCCCUAGGGAGGCCACGGACUCGAUGCGGUCGUUGGCGGGCACGAUGUCAGCAAAAAAUAUAUCAAGCCGGAAAAUAAAAAUAAAUAGAGACAAGUAGGGAGGAUGCGAAAUGAAGCAUAAAGGGCAUCUAGAAAAGGCGCGAGUGUAUGUAGUAAGACCGGAAGGGAGGCGGAGGCCCCAAACAACAACACACUGCCCCCACUCGACGAUAACUGUCGCAGGUUCGAAUGAUUAUGAUGAUAGUAAUAAUAACAAUAGUAAUAAUUAUAUCGAUGACAAUAUAUUGCAACACGAUAAUAAUGCGAGAAAAAAGGAAUCAGCAUCAGAUCACUACUGUUAUUAUAUUUACUAUUUGUAUGAUGAUCAAUAAUCGAACUGCUAGUGUAAUCAUCAAUAAUACAAACAAGAAGAUUUAAUGUGAUGUGGAUACAACUGGCCGCUGCGAAACACUGCCCCCGUUCAUACGCCAGCCCUCUCUCCCCCCUUCCUACUUAACAACAACAAGCACCAUUUAAUCAUAAUAAUAAUAAUAGUAGUAAAGGUAAAAAUGUUGAACAACUUCAGCUUUUUCAGCGUAACGGUCGCAAAGUAUCUGCCAAGCCCUUUGACAGAGUAUUUACUCAUUACGUUCUUCAUUUCUGAUAUAUAGUACUGCUUCGAGAACGAUCGCGAAGGGACCCAUCUUUCCGACAAUAUUACUCUUAUGUGAGCUUCAGUGCAAUUAUACACCUGUAAGCCGACAUGUUGAUUCGACUCGACUGCAUAAUAUGACACUGGUUUUACUUGCCCUUGAUGAGGCAUCCGGCGUAGAUAGAGUGAAUUGUCUCUGCGGAUAUUGGUUGCAAGCGCGUCCGACACUGUCACUCAUCGAGUUGCUAAGGGUGGUUCCUUCUAGGAAGUUCAACAGACACGAACUCAUUCGAAAUGAUGGGCUUGAGCAUAUUUAUUUAUUGACGGAUAUCAAAUCUUCCCGUCUCAAAAUGACAUCACUAUGAAGCAUACAAUUUCAGAACGUCUAGAAGAAAUGUAAGUGAAGAAGAAACGAUAAGAAAGACAGGUGAUUACGACUAUAACGGGGUAAGGCGUGCCGAAUGAUUUUAUCCAUUUGGAACGUUUGUGUGUAAAAUAGUGAUAGACAAGAUGAAAAGGUGAGACAAGAUCCGUAGAAGUGACGUGACUACCAAAUGAGCUGCAAUUUAAAUGAACGGAAUAUGGAGCGACUGUUGAAUCAAAAUACGAAUUUUCUAAAAAAAAAAAAAUGCCACUUGACCUGCUCCCUAUUUUGUCGUCCGUCUUUUUGACAUUUCGACAGUGAAUCGUCAUUUUUGUGUAACGAUGCUUUUUUGUAGCAAUAAUGUGGUACAGCAACGGUAAGAUGGUACUAGCUGACUAGUAGAACGAUAACCCGUUAAGUCAUCUAUUACGAUACAAGCAGGCUUGUUUUUACGGCUCCCAUCUAUCAUUGAUACUGCCACUGAUCGGUCAUUGACAGCAAUUGCUUCUGCCGGCUGUAUCCACCAAACUACAUGACUGUUCUCUUUCGUAUCUGUAACUACUCUUCCCUACAAUGAAGAACAUUUCACUAAACAAUACGGAUCAAUGGAACACAAGGUGUGGAUCAUAGUGAUUAUUAUCAUAUGAUAUACUAAUUGUGACAGCAUUAAACCAUAGAUAUAUGCAUAUUAGUAACGAACGACAAUGAGCGAAAUUGAUGGAAACGGAACACAUAUAUAUAUAUAUAUAUAUAUAUAUAUAUACAUAUAUACAUAUAUAUACAUAUAUACAUAUAUAUAUAUAUAUAUAUAUAUAUACAUAUAUACAUAUAUAUAUAUAACAACAAUAAUCUAGUCUACAACAACAUGAUCGAGUAAUCACGCAUAAAAAUAAUCAUGGCUGAUUUUUUGCAAUGAAUUUGAACGGGUGGAUACGAGUGAUAUCAACGUAUGAUUGUUAAUGAUGGCAACACAAUGAUGAUGAUGAUGAUGACAUUGAUGGUAAUUAUACAACAACAAUAAUUAUAAUGAUAUGAUGAAGAAUGAUGGUUAUGUGAAGAUGUGAAUGAUAAACUUCGCCGCCGAAUAAAUGAAAGUGAACGUACCACAUGAGGAACUGUUCCAUUACGCUCCGUCAGCUCACUAAAUCGCAUGCAACAAAAGACCCACAAUGAAACUGAGUGUCGGCGACGAACUGAUGGUGAUGACGGCAUUGGUAAUGGUCUGUCUAUUGUCAUAUAUAAAAAUCCCAUUAACCUAAUCUGGAGGCACGAUCAGCAUCUCCCUAACAAUUCCACCAAUCGACCAUUAUUAUAGUUUUGUUUAUUCGUAAUCAGAAGAUUUAUAAUUGUAGCAAUGAUUUAAUAUUAUGCAAAAAAAAAUCUUCAUUUUUA